UGGCAACGCUGCUGACAAUCGCGGAUUGUACGACAUCUUUUGACACCCGUAGAAUCGGAUGAGAAAAUUCUGAUCCGCUUUUGCACCGAACGACCGAAAAAGGCCACCUUUAUUCGUCGACUUUCCUGUUGAAAUCGCCAAUAGCGCAGCAGCCAUGUUCAAGUCCGUCGUGCCCGUGCUGUCGCAGGUGCCAGCUGAGCUAUGCCUUGGUCAGCAGAACCGUGGCAUGGCCACGCUGAAGGCCAUUUCGAUCCGUCUGAAGUCGGUCAAGAACAUCCAGAAGAUCACCCAAUCCAUGAAGAUGGUGUCCGCCGCCAAGUAUUCCCGUGCUGAGCGUGAUCUGAAGCAGGCCAGACCGUACGGUGUCGGUGCGCAGCAGUUCUACGAGAAGGCCGAAGUCGCGCCGAAGGAGGAAGACUCCAAGAAGCUGUACAUUGCCAUCACGUCGGACCGUGGUCUGUGCGGUGCGGUGCAUACCGGCGUUGCCCGUUACAUUCGCGGUGAGCUCGCCACCGACCCGAACAUCAAGGUGAUCUGCGUCGGCGACAAGUCGCGCGCCAUCCUGUCGCGUCUGUACGGCAAGAACAUCGAGAUGGUUGCGAACGAGAUCGGCCGUCUGCCGCCGACCUUCCUGGAUGCGGCCAAGCUGUGCAAUGCCAUCCUGAACCUCGGCUACGAGUACACCGAUGGCAAGAUCAUCUACAACAAGUUCAAGUCGGUCGUGUCGUACCAGGUGGCGGACAUUCCGAUCUUCUCGCUCAAGUCGGUCGAGUCGGCGGAGAAGCUGCCGGUGUACGAUUCGCUCGACUCGGAAGUGAUCCAGAGCUACCUGGAGUUCUCGCUCGCCUCGCUGCUGUUCUACACGAUGAAGGAGGGCGCCUGCUCCGAACAGUCCUCCCGUAUGACGGCCAUGGACAACGCGUCCAAGAACGCCGGCGAGAUGAUUGACAAGCUGACGCUGACCUUCAACCGUACCAGACAGGCGGUCAUUACCCGUGAGCUGAUUGAAAUUAUUUCCGGUGCUUCCGCUCUGGAGAGCAAGGAUUAAGCGCCCGAAGUUGCCGUUGGUGAUGAUGGUGGAGGCGUGUAUUGUUGAUUCCGUGCUGGCCGGUUUUCUGCCAUCCUCGCUGCGUGCCGUCACUCCCGAUGGGAAUCGCUGCCCCAACCGGCCGGAUCGUCUUUUUUCGAGCAAGAACGAAUAUUUCGCCGUGUAAGAAGACGAGAUAUGUGCGCAUGGUGCUUUCGGAAAAUCGUUAUCUCUUCACGAACGCAAGCAGAAAAGAAAUAGUAAUAUAAAAGUAAACAAAAUCCCAAGA